AUGGGAUUGGCAAUUUUACAUCCGAUUUAUAUCAGUAAGAUAAGCACCGAUUUAUUGAUGGCAAAUCAAAUUUACGUAAACGAUAAGGUUUUGUUGAAGAAAAAAUUUCGAAAAGUAUCUCUUAAGAAGUUCUCAUGUGGCGUUGAAUCUUUGAAUUUUGACAAUAAAAAGAAAACAGCCCAAAUCAUAAACGAUUUCAUCGAAGAUAAAACACAUGGGAAAAUCCAGAAUAUCAUUCAACCAGAAAGCAUCAACAGUGACACAGCUGCCAUGAUAAUAAAUGCCGUCUAUUUUAAAAGCAAUUGGAAAAUCAAAUUCAACAAGAAUCUCACGACUGAGGGCGAUUUUUACAUUAACGAUAAUGAAACGGCUGAACAAGAAAUUAAGUUAAAUGACAUUUUGAAAAGAUUGGGUAUGGUUGAAAUGUUCGAUCAAAACAAAGCCAAUUUCCCUGGAAUUUCUGGUACAAUGCAACAAUUGUAUGUAGAUAGCGUUAUUCACAAGACUCUCAUUGAUGUUACCGAGGACGGUUUGGAGGAGGCUGCUGCAUCACUAGUAAGGAUUCAUGUGCGAUGCGAUCCUCCAAUAAUACUUCCGAUAGAAAAAUUCCACGUUGAUCAUCCAUUUCUAUAUUACAUUUGGGAUAGAGAAACGAAAACCGUCGUUUUUACCGGUCGCAUCACAAAGUUCAAUUGA